CAGUGAUGCUACGUAAACGGACAGCAUCAGUACCACCCUGGGUGAACUCGGAGGGAACAGAGGGGAGGCGGACGGACCGCGAACGCGCCUCACGGAACCGCUAAGACUGCGGCACCGACACCGCCGGCCACGAAUAUGGCAGAACAGAAGGAAUCGCUAAGGAAGAUCUGCACCACCCUGGCUCUGAAGAAUGAGGAGAUCCAGAAUUUCAUCUGCUUUCUCAAACAGAGCCUGCAGAAUGUGGAGGUAAAUGCCAGCCGAGUUCAGGAGGACCUGGAAGGGGAGUUCAGCUCUCUGCACGCAGUUCUGGACGAGAUGAAGGACAGCAUGGUGACUCGCAUCAAACAGGAGAAAGCCGGUCGUGUUUAUGAGCUGCAGAAUCAGCUGAGUGCGUGCACCAAAGCCCUGGAGAGCUCCGAGGAGCUGCUGGAGAUGGCCAACCAGACGCUGUGCUCCUCGGAGACAGGUGGCUUCAGCCAGGCUGCCAAAGACAUAAAGGAUAGUGUGACCAUGGCUCCAGCCUUCCGCCUCAGCCUCAAGCCCAAGGCCAGUGACAGCAUGAGCCACAUGAUGGUGGACUUCACCCAGGAGAGGAACAUGCUGAUGGGCAUCAAGUUCCUUCCAGUGCCUGUCACUCCGGAGAUACUGGUGUCUGAGUGCCAGGUGUGUGACAACACCAUCACAGUGGUCUGGAUGCUGCCUGAGCCCGACUCCAAAAUUGACCACUACAUCCUGGAGCAUCGGCGGACCAAUCAUGAGGGCCCCCCACGUGCCAGGGAGGAGUACCCUUGGAUGGUGGUGGAGGGGAUCCGUCAGAGCGAAUACACCCUCACAGGGCUCCGCUUUGACACCCGCUUCAUGACUUUCCGCGUGAAGGCAUGCAACAAGGCCGUAGCGGGAGAGUUCUCGGAGCCCGUAACCUUGGAAACGCCAGCCUUCCACUUCAAGCUGGAUGCUAGUUCCGCGCACCAAAACCUGCGUGUGGAGGACCUCGCUGUUGAGUGGGACAGCAGCGGUGGGAAGGUCCAGGAGAUGCGCAAGGAGAAAAACCGAACCAACUCGCCAAUGAACUCCCCUGCAAGGAAUGCAGUGAUGUCCCCAAAGAGAGCGCCCUCCACACGAGUGGGUCGUGACCGGUUCACAGCUGAGUCCUACACAGUUCUAGGCGACACGAUGAUCGACGCGGGCCAGCAGUACUGGGAGGUACGCUUCGACAAGGAGAGCAAGGCGUUUGCGGCAGGCGUGGCCCUGCGCACGCUGGGGCGCUUCGACCAGCUGGGCAAGAGCAGUGCCUCCUGGUGCCUCCAUCUCAACAACUGGCUGCAGCAGAGCCUCACCGCCAAGCACAACAACAAGGCCCGCACACUGGACUGCCCCAUCCCAGACCGUAUCGGCGUCUACUGCAACUUUGACGAGGGAAUACUGUCCUUCUAUAAUGCCAGAACCAAGCAGCUGUUGCACACCUUCAGAACCAAGUUCCAGCAGCCUGUAGUUCCAGCCUUCAUGGUGUGGAAUGGCAGCUUCUCGGUGCACACAGGCCUGCAGGUUCCCAGCAUGGUGCAGAGUGGCCAGAGGAGGAACAGCGCCACCAGCAGCUCAAACGCUAGCCUCACCUAGUCCAGUGGUUGUGGCUGGAACCACAACUGUUGCGGAGCUUCGCCCUGCCUGGGCCCUUCCCUGUUCCCAGUGGACAGAGCUGUCGCGGCUCGGUGGUGUCCUUCCCCCACCCACCUAUCACCCAGAACUGUUAACCAGCUCUCGCUAGUGUUUGCAUCCAAUACCUUUGGGGAGGGUGGAAGUUUCAUUUCAUUGCAGACUCCUUGUGCCUUUCAGCUUCUGGAAACAAGAAAUGGUCAAGUGCAAAAGAUGCACAUAUAUACAGUACAUAUAACUGAAGACAGUUACUAAAAUUACAUUAAUACAUGAGAAUCAAAUGUCAGGACAAGAAAACCUGGUUCAAAAUGACUGAUCUUACUUUUUCAUGGCUUCUCACACUUUUGAAUUGGGAAAAAAAACAGUAAUAUUUAACAAUUGCAAGUAUGCAGAAUUUGAAUGCUUGGAAUUAUAAAACAGGUUUUAAAAUCUUAAGCACUUUGGUUAUGAUAAUUUUUUGAGUCCAGCAGAAGUGAGAAGGGAGCACAAUGCUGUACCAGUAGUCACAAAGUAAUCAGUGUAAAUUGCUUGUUCUAGAAAGUGUUUAGACUCAGCAUCGCGAGCACCAGUGUUACCCGUCACAGGAAAGUUGGGUGAGUGGGUGAGUGGGAUGGAGGGCUGAGGGGGUCGCGGUCACACAGCAGCACGUUUGAGCCUCUACAUUUCUGGUAUCCUAAGCUGGGUAUUGUGGAGCUUCAGACCAAGCAGGAUAGGAGUGUACCGUACUGUGUACCCUCAGUCAGCCGUCUGAGCCCACUUACAUCACCCACUGUCUCUCUGUUCUCAGUUUCCAUGUGGAAUGUGAAGAGCAAAGGUGCUAUUGUUUGAACUGUACAACAGAAGGGUUGUGGCAGGGGGGAGGGCUGGGGUGUUUCCAUGGUAACUGCUAAUAUACAUAUUUUAACUACUGUCAGCAAUGCUUUAAAGCUUCCAAAGUAGGAUUUUAAACUUGAUUUCAUGAAGAUAACCUUGUAAAUGGUUUGAUUUUUCCACUCAGUCUGUUGCACUGUGCAAAUAAAGUCACAGUAAGACAGUAAGUCCUCACUGCUACCCUGUUUAACUUUGUAAAGACAAAUAAACAGCAACAAGGACAGUUUGAUAGCAUUGCACCAACACAGUAUUGCAGUUUGUUACCAUGACACUGUACAUAUGGACAUAUCAUGAAGGAUAACACUUAUGCUUAAGAGACCAUAUAAGAGGCACUCAGACAAAGUAGGUAGAAUCUCAUAUAUGGGAAUAAAAAAAUAGUAAAAAUACAAUAAAUUGACUUAAAAGCUACUUUACUUCAGGAGUACAUAACACUUCUCAUUUCUUUGACAAUAUAAAGUGGUCAAUUGUUUGGCAUUUCUAGGAAAUCAGAAGACAUAAGUAGACACAACUUGUAACUAAUGGCACACAC